AUUUGCCGCAACUUGUAGUCAGCACAAAAACAGGAUACAGAAUUACCAGCUGGCGACAAGUGUGAUUUUGAGACGACGACGACGAACGACAUCGACGUUUGUCUUUUGAAAGUUGGGCUUUGCCACUCGCUUGGGUUCUUGCCGCUAAAAAAACGCCCAAGUCUGUGUGUGUUUUUGCCCUCCGGGUGCCUAGAAAAAAUAUUUCUUUGGGUUCGCUACUCUCUCUCGCCGCGCGUCACUUUUUGAGGGAGACGUGACUUUGAGACGACCAGCAACAUCAGAAGGGCUUGGCGUAUUUUUUCUUCCCAUCGCACGCCCAUAAUCAUUAAGGAAAUCCUCACAAAAGAAAACAUUCCUGUCAAUAAGUCCUCUACCGACGUAUUUGUCCCUUCGCUCUUAGUCGUUGCGUCAGCUACUUGCCAUACAAAAGCCAAGACCUUAGAAUGCAGACAAUCAAGUGUGUUGUGGUGGGAGAUGGUGCGGUCGGAAAGACUUGCUUGUUGAUAUCGUACACAACAAACAAGUUCCCAAGCGAAUACGUUCCGACGGUAUUUGACAACUAUGCUGUGACAGUGAUGAUUGGAAACGAGCCGUAUACCCUCGGUCUUUUCGAUACCGCUGGUCAGGAAGAUUAUGAUCGUCUCCGUCCCCUCUCGUAUCCUCAAACAGAUGUGUUCCUGGUCUGUUUUUCGGUGGUAUCCCCGGCCUCAUUCGAAAACGUGAAAGAAAAAUGGUUCCCUGAGGUACGGCAUCAUUGCCCCGGCGUGCCUUGUAUCAUCGUAGGAACGCAGGUUGAUUUGCGAGAAGAUGCUGCCACAAUCGAAAAGCUCGCCAAAAAUAGACAAAGGCCGAUUGCUGCAGAUGCAGGUGAACGUCUAGCCAAAGAGCUAGGCGCCGUAAAGUACUUGGAAUGUUCGGCAUUGACUCAAAAAGGAUUGAAGAAUGUCUUUGACGAAGCAAUCAUUGCGGCACUCGAGCCCCCUCAAAGCAAAAAGAGCAAAAAGUGCACUCUCCUGUGAUCUCUACCGGCGAUACCAGUAUUUGGCAUUUGGAAUGGACGAUGGAGUUGGUUUUGGGAGAGUGGCGAUAAAAUGAACAGACGGCGCGAACGAAGGGUGCUCAUGAUUUACGUUGCUUCACCCGUCCCUGUGUGUACAUAAUAAUAAUGGCACUCCCGAAGUAGAAGGGCAUACGAGAGUGGAGCUGAUGAUGGUGGGCAGGUAGAGGGGAGAGUAGCGAGGGCUGUCGACGUAUAGUAGCGUUUCUUUUUCUUUUUUCUUUGAAAAUGGUUUGUUAUCUUUCAUACUCGUGGUCUGUCCUUGCCGUCAAGUUAGUUAUAUGCAAUUAUGGG